AUGGAGCCGGCGAGCUUUGAAACUGGAGACCCGUCUUCAUCGCCAGCCCAAGAUGGGGCAAAACCCGCCACUGCUACUCCAGACCGCAACAGCGUGGGCAGCGUGGUCCCACCCUACUGGCAAUCCCACCAGCGCAAUGCCUCGUACAUAAGCAACUAUUCUGCUGACAACGGCCGCCCCACUCCCAUCGGCCUCGAGGACCAUACCGACGAGGGUUCAGACCACUGCAAAGUCCUCUGGGCCAAGCGUGUCACGAUAGAUGAUUACGUUGUUAUCAGCGGCACGGCACCCGCAUUUGGGGCUUACGUCGUCUUCAACUGCACCGUCGAGACAUUGGAUGGUGGUCCCAUGAAGAUACGAAAGAGAUACUCGGAGUUUGAGGAUCUGCACACAAAGCUGCUCCAGACCUUCCCUCAUGCCGCGGGUUCCAUGCCGCAGUUCCCACCCAAAUCCGUAAUAUCCCGAUUUAGGCCCCGUUUUCUGGAAAAGCGGAAACAAGGGCUCUCGUACUUUCUCAAUUGCGUUUUACUCAACCCGGAGUUUGCUGGAUCGCCAGUCUUGAAGGACUUUCUUUUCUCGUGA